CUCGAUUCCAAAAAGUAUCAAUAUUUUUUCGUGUCGCUAGUGUAAAACGUUUUUGGGGAUUCCAUUAUAUUCAUAAUAUUCACGCUUUUCUAAUUAAACGAAAGUAACAAAACUGCAAAUGUCUUCUGAUAAAAUGAACACCAAACCAGGAGAUGAAAUGGAUCAUGCAAUACUUAAUCUGAUGUUUUCGAGUCUGGAUGGUUCUUCGGAAGAGUCUGCUUCUGAAACGAAUUCGGUCAUUGAAGGAUUUGAUUUUUUGAAUACUCCGUGCGAAGGGAAAUGCUGGCAGAAAGUGAAAUCCAUAUUAACACAAGCAGCUAAUGCAAUAAGAAUGAAAGAUCGACAAAUAGAUAAUCUUAUACUUUUGGCUUUAAAUAAAUAUCCGGAUUUUAAAAACUUUCAUGAACAGCCCAGUCUGAAACCAACUAAAGUUGAUGCUGAAAAAAACAUCUUGGACUUUGUAUCAAAAUACCAAGAUCAUCAAAAAAAGGUUAACAAGGAGAAUGAAAACGAAAUGAGUAUUCAACAUGAAAAAGAAGAACUAGAAGUUCAAUCGACACAGCAAGCUAAAUCUAUAGACGAGCAACUUAAUGCUCUUUUAGAGGAGUCCAAUGAAAAAGUAAAAAGCCUUGAAAUGCAAAAGCAGGAAGUGGAAAAUCAGUUGGCAGAAAUGCAGCAAAAACAACUAUCCGAAAAAGAACAAAUGAGUGCGAAGGACAUUUUGAUAAUGGACUACAAGAAAAAAAUAAUGGAAUUGGAAGACAAAGUAAAAACUAAUGACAAUGCAGUUAAAAAACACGAGAAAGAAAAAGUACAAACACAGUUAGCUACCAUUAUCAUUGACUCUUUUAAAUACAGCAUUAAUCUAAAGAUAGAAAAUAAUUUAGCUGGUCCUGGUUGGUUAGUUGUCUAUUGCAAAGUGUUGAACGAACCGUCCAAAACUGUAUUUGUUGAACCAAGGAUUGUGUUUGAACUUUUGAAAACGCAGCGACAUGAAUUGUACAUUCACGGGGUUUACGCAAAUGGAAAGUUUCAUUAUGCUCACUGGGAUGAGUUCUCGCUCUCUUGGGACAAGUAAAGGGUACAUGUGAAAUUAAAAAUUCAAAUUAUACGGGAUGUUCAUUUUCCGGUUUUUGUCAAAAUGUUCUGCGCGACACUACCAAAAGUCAAAUAAUGAUAAGACAAAAAUUUAAGUAUGACGUCCUUAUAGAAUAGUGCUUACAAUUGUUCUUUAACAUUGUGACUUAACACAAAAAAUAAUUUAAACAAUA